GGGUCUCCCAACAUGUGCACAAGACUCUUAUACGCAUGCGUCGCAUUAGGACACCUGCUAGUCGUAACAGGAAAGCAAUGUCCCGCACCUUGUUUUUGUCACAAAGCUGUUGUCAACUGCAGUGGGAAAAAACUAGAACGAAUUCCGAAAAAUCUACCUCCUUCCACAAAAAUGCUGCUUCUUGAUCAUAACCGUAUUCAGAAUAUCAGAAAGGGUGACUUCUGUGUUUUAACAAACCUUGUGGAAUUACAAUUACAGAAUAACAAAAUCGAAUCAAUUUUUUCCGAAACGUUCACGGGUGUCUGCAUUCCAAAUAUUCAGACAAUCCGAUUGGAAAAUAAUAAGAUAAAUGUAACUGAAGAUAGUGCAUUCUACAAUUUAUCAGUACUUGUUAAUACGACGUUGACAAAUAACAAAUUAGUUCAGAUACAUCCUAACACAUUUCGUGGUACUCCUUUACAGUUUUUACAUUUGGGAAGUAAUCAUCUUACUACAAUACCAAAUUUACAAGGACUUGAUGGUCUUAAUGAUAUAAUAUUGGAGGGAAAUAAAAUACAGAACUGUACCUUUCCAACUGAGUUUGCGACCAUGUCCAAUUUGACGACAAUCGGAAUGAGCAACAACAAAAUACAAGAAUUGUCCAAAGACGCUUUUAUCAGUCUUGAUCAUUGUAAAAUACGUACACUAAAACUUGCCCGAAAUAAUAUAUCCAGAAUUUCAAAUGAAAGUUUAUUACCUUUGUCAAAGCUACGAUCUCUUACAAUUGGUUGGAAUCCAUUAACUGACAGUGAACUAUAUAAUGCGUUAUCCGGGUUGUUAAAUGCUCCCUUGUCCUCUCUUAGCAUCUCAAGUGUACAGUUAAACGGACUCAUUCCGUCUGUCUCGCUGAAGUUGCUAGACGAUGUGAACUUAUCAACUCUAGAUAUGAGUUUUAAUGAAAUCAAUAAUAUUCCAUCUGAAGGGUUAAAAACACUGACAAAAUUAAACAAUUUAGAUUUGAGCAAUUGUGGAAUUCGUUAUAUUCAUGAAAACGCCUUCAGUAAUCUCAAAAAUCUUAAUAAUCUUAAAUUGAGCAAUAACUAUAUACAGUCUGUGCCUAAGAAUAUUCCAAAGAAUUUGCUAUAUCUUUACAUGGCUGGAAAUCAAAUAAAUGUUUUAAGAAAUAAUUCGUUCUCAGAUUUAAGAUCUUUAAGACGUCUUCAUUUAGGAAACAACAAAAUUCUGACACUGUUUGAAGGAGCCUUUUUAGGUCUAAACAAAUUAGAAGAAAUACAGCUGCAAGGAAACCGCAUUAAUACUCUUCCUAGCCGUUUAUUUGCUCCGUUUACUCGUCUCAUUCAAUUAGAUCUUCAACAAAACAAAUUAAAAACAAUACAAAACUCCACUAAAACAUUUGCCAUGAUGACGUCAUUGAAAUAUCUAAAUUUAGCUGAUAAUGGCUGUUCCUCUCUUCCUUCAACACUGUUCUCAAAUUUGAAAUCGCUGCAGAAGUUAAAUCUUCGAGGAAAUCAGCUUGGAAAAUAUUUAAUAAAUGACUUCGGAGGAAAUUUAUUUUUGGGAUUAAAACAACUACAAUCUCUUGAUAUAUCAAGCAAUCAAAUUCAUUCCUUCCCCUCUAACAUCUUCAGAGACAUGAAGAAUCUCCAUACCUUGCUUUUACAAGAUAACUGGAUAUCUGGAUGGGGAGUGACCCUUUUUUCCAAUUCCAUUUCUCUUUCUUCUUUGGAUUUGUCAAAUAAUAUGAUAACAAUCAUCAACGAAGAAGAUAUGAAGAAUUUAGGAUCAUUAAAGUCUGUCAACUUUACAAACAAUCCCUUUGCGUGCAUUUGUGAUUUGCGUUGGUUUCGGAGGUGGAUCAAGAACACAAAUAUAAAAGUGAUAAACGUUGAAAAAUAUAAAUGUAAUUCUCCAGUUGAAUGGAAAAGCAAAUUCUUGCUUUCUUUUGAUGAAACUAAAAUUGAAUGUUCUCUUGUGCCCGUUUCAGCAGCUGUAGGAAUUGCUUCUGGUGUAUUAGUAAAUCAUCCGAUGAGGAUAAGAAAUGGAUCGAAACAAAUUUUAUGCCAGACUUUGAUAGGGGAACUGAAGACGAUGAUUACCAUGGUGAAUAUAAGAUUUAUUAUCAGGAACGUGACACAUUGGGAAAUGCAGAUGCUUUAGAAACAAUGACGGAGGUCAUGGAGAAAAGCAGAAAAAUCAUUUUAGUGGUAACGAAAAAUUUAAAGUCGUACCCUCCCAUACAUUUUUUGAUUUCAGUGGCUUUAUGGUUA